AUGAAUAGAUAAAGACAUUUAGAUCAAGCAUCUAAUAUGCAUUCGAACAACAGUUCAAAUUUGGGUCAAUCCAGAAAUCACAGUUCCAAUAGAGCACCUGGCAUAAGGGCUUACUCAGGAGGCAGAUAGAUAUUUGGAUUGUUCAAUUAGAGUCAAUACUCGAGAUAGAAAAGUAGCAAUACGUCUGAAUUCGAUGCCUCAAGUGAAUAAUUCCAUGAUGCACUUAGUGAUCUCCCUCAGAAUAGCCAAUUGAAGACACCAUUAAUGCAAAACCAAUAAUUAGACGGCAACUCCAAUAAAUCGCUACUUUCUGCUAUUAAGUCGAACAAUAACAAGGUAGAUGUUAUUUCCUCUAUCCACUCUUACAAUGAGUUUCUGGGUGCAAGAGAGAAUCAUUACCUUAUGGACAUGCCAAGUCCCAAGUUUUCAAGUGCGAUGGGAGGCGAGACUGAGGGUCGAGAUGAAGAGAUCAAUGAAAUCCUGGGUACAAUGGUGAAUCUAGAUCAUUAAGCUUUAAAGGCAUUGCUUGCUACUUGCAACCUAGAUGUAACUCGUAUUAGAGAUGAGAUGGGGUAUUCACUUAUCCACUUAGCAGCUUACAACAACUCAGAACAGUGUCUAGAUGUACUAAUACAGCAUAUUAUGAAUGGAGGGAACAAGGAUCAAUUGAAUGCUCAAGCAGCUUAAAUAAACUAGUAUGACUACUCGAACUCCGAUCAAGACAUUAUCCAGGCAAUUAACAGAAGGGCUUUACUUAAGAAUUGGGUCAAUUAGCCCACUAUUAAUCCCGAGUAGAAUCCCAAUCAAAAUCUUAAUUCUAAUACUUUUUUAACUAGCAACACUCCUUAGACAUUUGACAACCAAGAUAGCUUUGGCUUUACAGCUUUGCACUUUGCAUCCUAUCAUGGCAAUGCCAAGAUGAUUGAAAUGCUAGUUGAUGCUGGAGCCAAUGUCUACGCAACAAACAGACAAGAAAUCAAUAUGCUUCAUGUAGCUGCAUAAGGGGACUCCCCUUAUUCAAUUGCUUACUUCAGAAAGAUGGGCAUUAGUAUCAACUCUAGGGAUAGAGAAAAUUCUUCUCCGCUUCAUUGGGCCUGCAUAUCUAACUCACAUACUGUAAUUUAGUAUUUGUUGGCUUGGGGUUCUGAUAUUAAUGCUAAAGAUUCAGCUGGACUUACUCCUCUGCAUCUUGCUGUCAUGAACAUAGAGUAACAUAAGAAGUUUUCAACAAUAAAAAAACUGAUAUUCAAAGGAGCCAGCUUAAAAAUCAAAGAUUAACUAGCGAGAAAACCAAUAGACAUGGCAAUUAAAGUUUAAGAUGAAAAGAUAAAAAAAUAAUUAAACAGGCUAUUAAAACGCAACAAAACCUGCUUCAAUUCAAUGUUUAAGAAACACAAAGUCCAGUAGAUGAAGGGUAACAUUGUCUACCCAAUAUGCUUUAUGAUUCUCUUUGGCUGCAUCAUUGGAGCUUAUGCUACAGUUGUAUACCCUAAUAUUGAGCAGCAGUAUCUUAGAAUAUUUCUGAAUCUAUCAGCCGCAAUAACUGGGAUUCUAUAUUUACUCUCGUGGAUUGUAAAUCCGGGUUAUCUUGGGAAAAAGAUAGAUGGCGAAUUUAUGUUAUUACUGAACAAAUUUGAUCCUAAUUCUUUAUGCCCUUUCUGUGAAGUGGUAUAGAAUCCUCAGUCAAAGCAUUGCUAUGCCUGUAAUCAAUGCAUUGAGGAAUUCGAUCAUCAUUGCUUUUGGACUAACAAUUGUGUUGGUAGAAGAAACAUUCUUAUCUAUAAUAUGUUUCUAACUUUUCUGACUACAUUCCUGACAUCCUUGAUUGUUUCAGUUAUGAUUAGAAUGCUUUUGAACAUGAUAAUUUAACUUUUUAAAAAGGAUGGAGAAAAAUCUAAUUUCAGGAGGCUUGUGUACCCACGUACUACAUAUGAAUCUGAGAUUGGUUUGAGCACUGAUAAGUACAAGAGUUUAGAUGGAAUAUCACUCAUGAGUGCCAAUCCUGUAUUCAACAACAACAAUAAUGGUUAUAACAAUAAUCAUAAAAUAGCUAGUCAGAAUACAUUCAGGACAGCUGAUGGCAGCAAUUACUAAGGAUGGAGUAAGUAAGAAAAUAUACUUAAUAGUGAUAAUAUAAGAAGAGCAGGUGGCUACACUCAGCAAUGGAGAGAUUGA